AUGCUGGAUCCUCUCACCGCCAUCGGCCUUGCCGGCAACGUCGUCCAGUUCGUGGACUUCACAGCGAAACUCAUUGCGGAGGGUAGAGCGAUCUACAAGGCUGGCGCUACGAGCGAGAAUGAAGACCUCGAAGUAAUCACCAGGGAUCUCAUUGGCCUCAAUGGGAAGCUAUUGUCGGUUUCUCCUCCUGAUUCAGGUAGUGUACAAGAGUCGGAGGACGAAGACUUGCAGCACCUAGCCAAACGAUGUGUGGAAUUAGGCAAGGAGCUCCUUUCUAUCCUAGAGGAUCUCAGGAUGAGUGGCUCUUAUACAAGAUGGGAUAGCUUCCGAAUGGCUACGAGGACUGUGAGGAAGAAGGAUAAAAUUGAAGGCAUCCAGAAGAGACUAAAUGAUAUUCGGGCCCAAUUAAACCUGCAUUUGAUAGCUUUACUAAGGUUCAUGGAGAUGGAUCGGACGGACCAGCUCAUUCAGCUGAAGGACGAAAUCCUUAUGGCAAUACAGGAACUAUCACAAAGGGACAAACGAGACAGACUACAGAAAAAGCUAUUAAGCAAGGAGCAAUAUUUGCAGCCGGAAGCAAAUAACGUGCAAGAUCUGAGCGCGAUCUCUUCAAAACUAUCGGACCUGAGCCAAGAAGGCGAACGAGUCCGACGCGAACAGAGAGUCUUAUUUUCACUUCGGUUCCGAUCCAUGGACGUAAGGCAUUCGAAGAUUCCGGAAGCGCACAAUACGACCUUCAAUUGGAUAUUCGAAGAAGCUGCCGAGGACGACUCGCUUCCCCGAGUUGAAUUCAUGCAGUGGCUCCGAUCAAGUGGAGAUAUCUACUGGCUAUCCGGAAAAGCUGGGUCGGGAAAAUCGACUCUGACGAAGUUCAUAGCUUCUCAUCCUCGCACAAUGCAAGCACUGUCCUUGUGGGCGGGGCAGCACCGCUUGUUUACGGCGAGCCAUUUCUUCUGGCAUGCGGGGACAGACCUGCAGAAGUCUCAAGAAGGGCUACUUCAGACGAUAUUAUACGACAUCCUUCGAAAGUGUCCGGACCUGAUCCCAGCCGUACUCCCGUUUCGAUGGCAAGCAUAUGGCUAUUCAUUUGAGAACCCAGAAGCAUGGACACUUCCUGAGCUCCUAACGGCACUCCGCCGGCUCAUCGAACAUGAUUUAUCUGCCAAAUUCUGCUUCUUCAUUGAUGGCCUCGAUGAAUACUAUGGGAACCACGUUGAGAUCAUAAGCCUUCUCAGGGACCUGAUUACCUCCUCGAACAUCAAGAUAUGUGUGUCCAGCAGGCCGUGGAACAUUUUUGAAGAUGCAUUUGGAAAGAAUUCUUCCCGCAUGCUAGCUUUGCAAGAUCUCACCAGGAAUGACAUCCAGCUCUACGUACAAAACCAUCUAGAAGAGAACGAGCACUUUAUUCGACUAAAAACUAGAGAUCCCCGCUGUGUAGAUCUAGUGCAAGAGAUUGUCGACAGAGCACAGGGAGUCUUUCUUUGGGUUUUCCUAGUCGUGCGCGACCUCGUUCAAGGACUGACCAAUUCUGAUCGGAUUGUCGACCUCCAACGACGACUUCGACGGCUUCCUACCGACCUUGAGCCAUACUUCAAGCACAUUCUUGACACUGUUGAGGACAUAUACAAGGACCAAACUGCGGAAACUUUCCAGCUUUGCCUGCAAGCUAGAAGCCCGCCCUUACUCAUGGUGUUUUCCCUGCUCGAUGAAGAAGACCCGAAAUUCGCCUUGACUUCGAGCGUGUCGCCUUUAUCCGUAGACGAAGUAGCUGCACGCUACCACGAAGCUCACCGACGUCUAAACGCUCGUUGCAAGGGUCUACUUGAACUAGUGGGAGAUCCUAUUCAUGAUUACUUCUGGGAGACGUUUAGUGUCCAAGUAGACUACCUUCACCGGACGGUCCGAGACUUUCUCCAAGGGUCUGAGAUGCAAGACUACCUAAAAAUGAGCGCAGGCCGCCAUUUCGAUGCUCACACCUGCUUAGCGAAUGCCUCCCUUGGACUUAUCAAA